AUAGUUUUGUAUGUAUUGCAGUGCAAUAUAAAACUGCAUUGUAAUUUCCUUGCAAAGCUUUGAACCUGCUCGGCCCUCUCUUCAUAAAACAGUAAGAUGUAGCAUGCUAUCGUGCAUCAAUCAGAGAGAAAUGUAUCUCUUAUUUUUGCGGGUGUUGGUCAACAGUCUAUAUGCAUGGCGUAAUCUGGACUUGUUGAAAGUCUAAAAGUCAGAUAUUGAUUUAUCAGGUAUAAAAACAGAUUAGCGAUGCACGUGGAAAAUAUAUAAACAAAACCAGCUGGGGCUAUAGUUAAAUUCAAAGCCGGCGACUGAAGAUAAUGCUUAUUGCAUUUGCAUCUCUGCAUGAUCAUUUCGCCUUGAACUUUAGAAAUCUAAUUUAGUAAUUUCCUGGAAAGUAUACAUUGAGCAACUUAAUAAACAUUUUAAGAAAAUAAUUUAAGCAUUUGAUUUGAAUCUUUUGAGUUGAAAAAGGUUAUAACAACAUCUUUUGAAGAACAUCUAGACUAUUAAAUCACAUCUUUUGAACAGCUGAACCCAAAUCCGGGAUUUGAUUUGAGAAUUUAGUUCAGGCUUUGCACAGCCGUCUCGAUCGUUUAAUUAAAUGUGUGAUAUGAAAUGUCUUUAGAUAAUCACAAAGCCUCAAGACAGAUUUGCUUUCCUGCUAUAGUUUUCUAAGAAUAUAUGCAAACCGACUUAGUUAGAUAAUUCCCCAAAAAAUCUUAGAAAGAUCUUAAACCAUUAUGCCUGUAGGCUGUAGACGUUUUAGAUUUUUUGAUAGAUACAUUGAACAUAGCUAAUUGGAAAACAGAGCGAAAUUUUACGAGUUGUAUUUCAUGAAGUCCAAACAGUUUGUGGUAAAAUCGUUUUGUGUUUUUGUACUGAUUUGAAGUAAACGAAUUUGGAUAUUUUUUGUUAUAAGAUUAUGUUCCUAAAUUUCUUUUAUUUUAAUGACAAUACAUAGACGGAUUCUGGAAUGAAAAAGCUGCAUUUGUGUUGUGUAAUAUUAUGUAGGUCGGUAUAAGAUGGAACUUCAAUCAGCAACCGUCACUUUUGUGGUGUCUGUGAGCCUGUGAUCAGUUUCCUAGCUCUGUGAAAAUGUGAAAAACAGUAAGAUUAGAUCUCGCUUAGUUUAGAUCUGAGGGACUGCUCUACACAUCUCUUUCUAUCACUGGAACAUCACCUGAUCAUCUUCUUCACAACACCAAUGCAUGUCUUACGCGUAUUUGAAUACCACAGGAAUGCCACCCGCUUAAUUUCUGUCAAGAAAUAAGAACCUUAAUAAUUAAAUACUGCCUAUACCUCCGACUGACAAUCACCCUGGCAACGUUUAGUUUCUUGCAGUGUUGUGAAGAUUAAUCAUGGCAUAGAAUACAGAUUCUAAAGAAAUAUUUGGUUGUAACUUCCUAAGGAAGCAAGGCCUAUAAUAAUCAGUGCAUCCUGUAGCAGACGUCUCAGACAUGUCGAAGAGCAACGUCGCCCCGCUAACUAUCGCCAAUUUGGCUAUGUUGGAAAGGCAUCUAAAUAAGGACAAAACAAUUUUAAAGAGGAAAGCGUCACGUAAGACGUUGUCUAAAGCGGAGAGCGCAAUGACGUCGGGACUAGACGAUGAUAGCGACGACGGCGACAAAUCACGACGAACAUCGACGAAGCAAAGCCGCGAUAGCUCUAAGCCACGAGAAGACAAACCUCGUGAGUCCUCCAGAAAGAAUGAGACUGAUCCUUCAAGAUCCCGGCCAAACGAUAAAAACAGCUCCUCUAAACCGGCGGAAAAAGACAGCGGGACUUCAAAACCCAGGGAGUCCAACCGGUCACAGUCAAGACCUAGUGUGAAAGAAUCGAGCAAAGAACCUUCUAGAUCUAAUGAGAAGGAUCCUCGUAGCUCAAGACCUAGUGAUAAGAGCAGUACCUCCUCAAAGCCACCGGAAAAGGAUAGUGGAACUUCAAAACCUAAAGAAUCUGAUCCAUCCAAGACACAACCAAACGCUAAAGAAUCUGGCAAUAAAGAUCAGAAUCCUGCUAAGUCAAAUGAGAAGGAGACUCGUAGCUCAAGACCUAAUGAUAAAAGCAGUACCUCUUCAAAACCACCAGAAAAGGACAGUGGAACUUCAAGACCCAAGGAAUCUGAUCCAUCCAAAACACAACCAAAAACUAAAGAAUCCAGCAGCAAAGAUCAAAAUCCUUCUAAGUCAAAUGAGAAGGAGACUCGUAGCUCAAGACCUAGUGAUAAGAGCAGUACCUCCUCAAAACCACCAGAAAAGGACAGUGGAACUUCAAGACCCAAGGAAUCUGAUUCAUCAAAGACACAACCAAACGCCAAAGAAACCAGCAAUAAAGAUCAGAAUCCUGCUAAGUCAAAUGAGAAGGAUUCUCGUAGCUCCAGACCCAGUGAUAAAAACAGUCCUUACUCAAAACCACAGGAAAAGGACAGUAGAACUUCAAGACCCAAAGAAUCUGAUCCAUCCAAAACACAAACAAACAAUAAAGAUCAAAAUCCCGCUAAAUCCAAUGAAAAAGAUCCUCGUAGUUCAAGACCCAGUGAUAAGACCAGUACUUCCUCAAAACCUCAGGAAAAAGAUAGUGGAACUUCAAGACCUAAAGAAUCUGAUCCAUCGAAGACACAAUCAAACAGCAAAGAAUCCAGCAACAAAGAACAAUCUCCUACAAAGCCAAAUGAGAAGGACACUCGUAGCUCGAGACCCAGUGAUAAGAGCAGUACCUCCUCAAAACCACCAGAAAAGGGCAAUGGAACUUCAAAACCUAAAGAAUCUGAUCCAUCAAAGACACAACCAAACACUAAAGAAUCCAGCAACAAGGAGCAAAAUCCUGCUAAAUCAAAUGAGAAGGACACUCGUAGCUCAAGACUCAGUGAUAAGAGCAGUACGUCCUCAAAACCUCAGGAAAAAGAUAGUGGAACGUCAAGACCUAAAGAUUCUGAUCCAUCGAAGCCACAACCAAACGGUAAAGAAUCCAGCAACAAAAAUCAAAAUCCUUCUAAAUCAAAUGAGAAGGACCCUCGCAGCUCAAGAUCCAGUGAUAAGAGCAGUACCUCCUCAAAACCACCAGAAAAGGACAAUGGAACUUUAAAACCUAAAGAAUCUGAUCCAUCUAAGACACAACCAAGUACUAAAGAAUCUGGCAAUAAAGAACAAUCUCCCACAAAGCCAAAUGAGAAGGACACUCGUAGCUCAAGACCUAGUGAUAAGAGCAGUACCUCCUCAAAACCACCGGAAAAGGACAGUGGAACUUCAAGACGCAAGGAAUCUGAUCCAUCAAAGACACAACCAAAUACUAAAGAAUCCAGCAACAAAGAUCAGAAUCCUGCUAAAUCAAAUGAGAAGGACACUCGUAGCUCGAGAACUAGUGAUAAGAGCAGUACGUCCUCAAAAUCACCGGAAAAGGACAGUGGAAGUUCAAGACCCAAGGAAUCUGAUCUUUCUAAGUCACAACCAAACGCCAAAGAAUCUAGCAGCAAAAGCGCGAGUCCUACGAAGGUGAAUGACGAGGACACCCGUAGCUCCAAACCCACUGAUAAGAGCAGUACUUCCUCAAAACCGCCAGAAAAAGAUAGCGGGACCCCACGUUCUAAAGAAUCUGAUCCAUCCAAGACACAACAAAACUCGGAAGAAUCCAGCAGUAAAGAUCCUAGUCCAUCAAAGUCAAAUAAUGAAAAUAUUCGUAGCCCUAGAUCCAAUGAUAAGAGCAGUACUUCUCCAAAAUCACCUGAUGAUGGUUCUUCAAAACCGGAAGAGUUUAACCAACGGCCAAAUGAGAAAGAUUCAAGUGGUCCGCAAUCCGGAACUCCGCAAAAAAAGCCGAGUAAGAAAGAUCCGAUUCCCUCCAACGAGAAAGAAAACCUUAGUCCAAAACCCGCCGACAAUAGCGGUUCGAAAACGUCUUCUGAUCAAGAAAAGUUGAAGGAAAGAAAAAAUUCCGAUCCUAUGAUAGAAACAAUUGAACCGCUAUCAAUGGUUCCAGCUGGCGGGAAACCGCAAGAUGAUCCAGCUUCCCCUCCGUCAACAGAAAACAAUACAAAUCCAUCGCCUACAAAUGAAAACUCGAAACCAGGAGAUAAACCAAGAGAUGAGAAACGAAGUGUCCCUGGGGAAGAGAAUAAAGAUACAUUGAAAAACAGCGACACAUCAAAUAAGGAGAAUGCUAAACCUUCCUCGAGCAAAGAUGACGACCUACCACCCGUUCAGUCCAAAGAGAACUCUUCGAAGGUUUCGCCGGAAGAAAAUACGGAAGAAAUCAAAACAAACUCAACAGAUAAAGCUGACGUUCAGGCGAACGACAAAAACGUAGCAAAAAGUGAAAGUCAGCCAACAUCCAUGUCAAAUGACAACAAGAACGAUGCGAUAAAGCCGGCUGAAGACCGUAAAUCUGAGGAUCCCGUCAAUAAAGAGAUCAUAUCUCCUCCUGAAAAGGAACAAACACCAGGCACUAAGAGUGAUGAUAAAAGCAUAUCAAACGGAGAUAAACCUUCAGAGCAAAAAGCUGACGAAUCAUCGCCCUCGAAACCAAAAGAGGAACAUUCGAGCGAUCCGACAACUACUCAAAAGAAAGAUGAACCGAUUUCAAAUGAGACCAAAGAAAUAGAAACUAAACCAAGUAGUCCCCAGCAACCAACAGUCACGCCAAACAAGGAGAAAUCUUUGUCAGAAGAGAACGAUUCUCGACCAGUACCAUCACAGUCAAGUGAUGCAGAGCAAUCCUCUGCUCCAUCAAAUGACACAACCAAACCAAAUGACAAGGAAGAAGUAGAACCAGUUUCAAAAGUAGAUUACACUCCGUCUCAAUCAAAGAAUACAGAGCAGCCCCUUUCUUCAUCAAAUGACACAGAAUCGUCCAAAGCAAACGACAAGGAAGAAGUAAAACCUGUUUCAAAAGUGGAUGACACUCCAUCUCAGUCAAAGAAUACAGAGCAGCCCCUUUCUUCAUCAAAUGACACAACCAAAGCAAAUGAUAAGGAAGAAGUAAAACCUGUUUCAAAAGUGGAUGACACUCCAUCUCAGUCAAAGAAUACAGAGCAGCCCCUUUCUUCAUCAAAUGACACAGAAUCGUCCAAAGCAAGUGACAAGGAAGCAGUAAAACCACCUUCAAAAAUAGAUGACACUCCAUCACAGCCAAACAAUACAGAGCAGCCCCUUUCUUCAUCAAAUGACACAGAAUCGUCUAAAGCAAGUGAUAGGGAAGCAGUAAAAUCACCUUCAAAAGUAGAUGACACUCCAUCUCAGUCAAACAAUCCCGAGAAAUCUCCUUCCCCAUCAAAUGAGACAGAAUUGCCCAAAACAAGUGAUAAGAAAGAAGCAGAACCACCUUCGAAAGUAGCUGAUUCACCGGACGAAAAACAAAACACCUCGACUCCAAAUCAAUCUUCGCCAUCCACUAACACAUCUGCACCCAAUCCGGCAGAAUUGCCGGCUUCAAAUGUAGUCCAAAAUGACCAACCGCUCUCAAACCCAAACGAAAGUGAUAAACCACCGUCAAAGCAGGAAGGAACAGCUCUGGCGAAGGCACAAACCCCAUCUAAACCAGAAGAAUUAAGCCAAUCCCCAUCCUCGUCUAACGAGAAAGAAGCCUCUGCAGUAGACGAACAUAACAAAGAAAAGGCCGUAAGCGAGGGGAAGAACUCAGACGUUAAAUCAAGCGAACAACAAUCUGUCACAAAACCUGCUCAGGAAAAUACAUCUUCCUCCAAAAGCCAAGAUCAACCAAGCAAAGGAGAUAGUGCACUGGCUGUUGGUUUGGUUACAGCGACCUCAGCCGGUGUUGCUCUGGCUGAUGAAAAACCCAACGAUUCCAAGCAGGUAGUUAACAAUGAAGCGGAAAAGAAGCAAAAUAAACCAGACGGAGAGGUCGUGGAAAGUCCAAAACAAACUGAGAAAGGGCAAAACAGCCCGAAACCGAAUGGGAAAGAGAAGAUGCAAAGGAAGUCUCAUCAAAUGGAGGAGCCAAGGAUGGGCAAAAGGGAACACAAGGCGAUAAUACUAUGCCGAAUAAUAAGAGCAACAGUCCUGAAACCCGAUCAGAAUUCGAACCAGAGUAAAGAGGUCAAUGCCGAUUCUCAACCUAUUACAAAACGCAGCGAAACACCAACAAAAAGCACGAAAUCAACAACCGUAGCGCCUAAAUCGGAUGAACCUACAUCGAAACCAAGCGAUGUCGAUAAGCCCUCAAAUUCUAAACCAAAAGAUAACAGCGAAACUCCAAGCAACACUACUAAAUCCGGAGAAAAGCCCUCCACUUCGCCUCGAAAGGAUGACAAAAACAAGCUCUCAAAAUCCAACCAACUUGAAUCAGACAAAACUAAGGCUAACACGACCGAAAACACUUCGACCAAAUCUCCCACGAAAUCUCCUACAAAUAGUCCCAGAAGAGAGCCUAAAGGCGACAACAAGACUUCUCCGCGCGAAGAGAAUAAUCCCAAAGAUGCAAAAUCUCCCUCAAAGGGUCAGCAGCCUUCCAAUCUCGGAGGAAAAGAAAAGGAUGUUUCUGGUUCCGGUGGUGGAAAGCCUGAUGACAAGAAGGAAGCGAGUUCCAAAGAAAAUCCGAAGCAGAAAUCCCCAACAGAACAAGAAAAGAAUGCAAAUUCUAAUGUUAAAGGAAAAACAAGAGGCGAAGUCAGCAAAGGAAAUCCAAACUUGUUAAGUGUUGACUACGCUCGGACUGGUAGACAAAGUCGAGGAAAGGGAAGAGGCGGCGAAAGUUCAAACCCGAAAGAAAACGACAACAACAGAUCAAAGUCCCGUACACCGAUAAAAAUUCCUCAGGCUACGGAAGACGAAAGUCCAAGGCAGACAAGAAACCGUAGCCGAACCAGCCGAAGAAGCAGCAUUACCGGACGAAGUGCUACCGAAGAUGAGUCGACAAGUGUUUACGAUGACGACGAUGAUGAUACCACCAUAUUUGGUGGCGACGAUGACGAUGACACGACGACCGAGACCGAUUGGAGUACAGCCAAAGGUCCUGGGCAGUCGAAGGCUUCAAGCCGUAACACUCACUACUCCAGCAGUAUAAACAGUCGUGUUAGUAGUAUCCCAACCCCCCGGACUAAUGUUAGCACGCGUAACUCCCGUAAUACGACAAGUCGAGCACCGUCUGAGAGCUCUUUCGUCGUUAGUCGGCGGAACUCGUAUGCCGAUCCUAGUGGUCGCGAAACACGAAAUCGCUCGACGGUGACCUCUCGUAAUGGCUCGACAGUUUCAAAUCGGAACAAUUCGCGAUGGAGUAAGCACAGUGACGGAGGAUACAGCAUCUCAUCGCGACGCGGACCAAGCAGAAAGGCAUGGACCGAAGAUGAGCCGGAGGGGCCAGGAAAUCGUAAGAACACGAGGGGUAAAUUAUCCCGUCAAAAUAGUCGGGAUUCGACUCGAAAGCCUGCAGGCAAUCGAAAAUCCCGACCAAACUCCGAAGCCGUGCCGAAAAACCAAGCGAGAGGACGACGGGAACCGCUUUCGAGAAAGAACACGCAAAAUGAGGAGACCCUUAAAAGAAAACGAGUGCCAAGGAGAAAAGAUCGACCCGUGCCAAAGCGCUCUGUAUCUCGGGGUAGUAGCGUCUCCAGGGCGGGGGCGGGAUCUAGGGGCGGCCGCAAGCAAGCGUGGGGGACCGCGCGAGGUAGAGGUGUAGGCCCUCGCUCGAACACGAGACCCGCGUUGCGGAGAAACGAAAGCUUUGCAAGCGUGAGCAGCGUCGCGAGUGUGUACUCGCGUCAACAGAAGAAGAUGAUGGAGAAUAUCUACCAGAUGGCUUUCGAUGCUGGCGUCGCCCGAGGGAUGAAGGUCUCCCGCUCGAGAUCAAAUUCCGUGUCACAUUCAAGGUCAAAUUCGAAGGCAAGGUCGAGGCGUGGUAGCGUGACGUCAUAUGCGUCGGAGGAUGAUUAUGAAGAUUAUCCAAGCGCGCCAGGAUCUCGGAGAUCAUCGAGGAGGAACAGCGUGGCCGGCAGUGAUCAACUUAGUUCAGCGAAUGAAUCUGAAGCCGAGCUGGAAAGGAAGAAUUCACGAGGUGGUGUGAAGCUACCACGAAUUGCGAACAAAGAAGGGCAAAAAUACCGAGCGUACGGCAAAUACGAAGAACCUCCUCCAGCUCGCCGAACACGUCUUCCCAAGGCGAAGCAAGCUAGAAGAGAACCGGCAGACGGAAAGGCCGUCUCACCAGAACUCGCUUCGGAUAUCGAAGAAGAAGAGAGAAAAAAACCCGCGAAAAGGCCGGUUCGUGUCCACAAGGUCAAUCAUCCGCUGCCAAACCUGGACAACGCCACUCGCGAAAGAGGAUUACCUCGUAUCAAUAGACUAGCUCAGCCCAAACAAUCGAGAAGCGUAGAAAUGACAACAUUCAGACCUGUGAACUGGGGUGGUCAAGACAGCUUAUGGCCUGUAAAUCCUUCGGCUUUGAGAGCGGAGCCCUCAGCAAGGACUACAGCAUUAGCAGAACCAAAGAAGAAUCACCAAUCUGCAGAAAACGCACCAAGGCCUAUGUAUGUCAUGGACCUUGAGUCGGGCAUAUGGGAAGUAAGUCCGGCAGCAAUGAAUGCCACAGCUUCAAAACGUGUCACAGAACUUUCAAAACCGAAAGCGAACCCAGAAGGUUUCGUAGAACAAAAACGGAUGGAUGGAAUCGGCAGGACAUCUCCGAUAUGGGAAGUUAGCGAGGCGGCGAGGAAGGCCGAAGAAAGGCCGAGGACGAACGACUUGGCACGAUCAAAGAAAGCACACAACCAAUACGAAGGUCCAAAACCUCUGCCCACCCCGGUGAGUGCAAAUGCGAGAAAAGCCAGGGCAUCUCCAAGAGUGGAACAGCUUGCUCGGCCGAAGUCGAAAAAAGACGCAGAAAUGCGCGAUCCAGAGUGGGCUGUGUCAAGAGCUGCUAUCAAAGCCGUUCCAAGGCAAAGGAUAUUAGAACUGGCUCAGGCGAAACAACCCGCAAGCGGGUAUAGGGCACCUUUGGACCCCGGCAGGCCGGUUUCUAGACCUGCUCUUAAAAGUGCUCCAACUGAAAGAAUCAAGAUGCUGGCGCGACCCAUCACUCGUGGUGCUACCAUAGCCUGAUGGUUUUAGGGAAUUUUUUACAUUAAUCUUGGCCGCAGAGUUGUGGUUGGUCACCAUCUUACCAAACACCAUCACUCAGUAGGAGAGGCACAUGGAUCACAUCUUGGAGAGAAAAAGGUUGAAGUGACGAGGAAAAGAGAACUUCUUUUGAUCAUGAAAAAGGGCUUUUUUGGCUUAAAAUGACCAGGCCAAGAAGGCACAGAUUGUAUGGUAGGUUAUCUUAACAGUCUUCCCUCAGAGGGAAGGAACUGAAGUUGAUAGCUUAACUCAAGUCAGAGAUGAUGAGGUAAUAAUUCACCAAACAACAUGAAACAAGAUGCUAGAUCUGUGGAUUUUUUAUUUAACAUUUUGAUACAAAGUGUACAGAUGAAGUCUAUUCUUGACUGUCGAUGUAUUUACUAAAGUCUUGUGUGGAAUUAAGAAAUUUUGUACAUUUCCGUCUCAGUUGUUUUGCAGUGUGUUGGUAGUAGUUUCUUUUGUCACGUCUCAUCGCCUGUAAGAGAAUAAAACCUGAUUAACUGGCAUGUCAGGCUAACAAG